AUGUCGUCUACACUGUGCGCCACUUCCGGCGUCGCUUCUGGCACUACUUCCAUCGACAUCCAAAGCAUUCUGAAUCGAGGGGGACAUCAAUGUCCAUCGCCCCAUACGCGGCGCCACGUUGUGAGCGCUCCUCGAUGGAUGCUCAACCCCGAGUCUGGCUUCAAGAUCAAGUGGGACUUGGGCCUCGCGCUGUGCGUGUUCUACACGUCGUGCGUGGUGCCCGUGCGCAUCAGUUUCAGCCUGGACGCGACUGGUUUUUUUUACUUUUUUGAAUGCGGCAUCGACUUUUGCUUCUUCUUGGACAUUCUCUUGAGCUUUCGCACGGGGUUAAUCGACCCCACCACCGGCCACGUGUACUAUAACAAACGUCAAAUCGUUCGCUCGUAUUUGCGAGGGUGGUUUGGCAUUGAUUUGGUGUCGACGCUGCCCCUCGAGUUCAUCGCCAAGCAUCUGUACCCCGAGGCGACAGCAUCGUCUUCGUCCAACACGCUGCAGUCGGCCAAGAUCCUACGUGGUCUUAAACUCAUUCGGCUGCUGAAACUAGUGCGCAUUCGAAAAAUCGGCCAAAUGAUUUCCAAGUUGGAGGAAGAGGUGUUUGCCAAUCAAAGCGUGCUCUCGUUGGUGAAAAUUCUGCUGUUUUUGCUCUUUCUCGCCCACUUGGUCGCAUGUGUAUGGUUCUACGUCGCCCAAAUCAGCACGUAUUCGUGGUCCAAUACAUUGGGCUACAUGAUUAACGACCACCCAAACAUGGUUACGUUGCAGUACUUGUCGUCGCUGUACUGGGCCAUUGUCACUAUGACGACGGUCGGGUACGGAGACAUUACGCCGAAAACCAAAACCGAGCUGAUUAUCGCCAUGUUUGUCAUGAUCAUCGGCGUGUCCAUGUUUGGGUAUGUGAUUGGAAAUAUCACGUCGCUGGUGGACAACAUCAACGCGUCCAGUCGCAUGCAAUCGCAGCACAUCACGACACUCAAGGAGUAUGUGAUUGUCCGAAACUUGCCCAAACAUACUGGCAAGCGCGUGUUGGAUCACUUUGAGUACUUGUAUCGGCAUCGCUCCGUGUUUGAUGAAGGCGCAAUCCUGACCAACUUGCCCACUGGCAUGCGCAACGAUGUGGUUCACCAUGUGCUGCACAAGAUGAUUUCGCGCAUCCAUUUCCUCUCGACGUGCCAUCACGAAGGGCUGGUAGCCGACUUGGCGGUGGCGAUGCAGCCCUUCUUUUGUGUUCAAGACGAAGCCGUGUAUGUGCAGCAGGACAUGGCGGCGCACGUGUUUUUCAUUCUCAAGGGCACCAUGGGGUUGAUCCAGAACAAGCUGAACCAAACGACUGGCAUAACCACAAAGACACUGCUGCUUGCGCUCGACGAAGGCAGCCAUUUUGGAGAGGUGGAAUUAUUCCAUCCAGUUUAUAGCUGCGGCAUGCGGCUGACGUCGGCGGUGGCAAAGUCGUACUGUCAACUAGCGUUUCUUCCCCGACCUGUGAUUCUAUCAAUCGGGAAAACUUGGCCGGAAGCCCUGGAGACAUUUCAGACCGAGGCGACGGCCAAGGCCAAACUUAUGGGUCCCCUCAUCAAUGCUGGUCUACGUCAGCCCCCACCCCCUCCCCUGUCCAUCAAUAUUCGAACGAACCUGCAGUUGGGAACAAACGUCGUAAUACCGACAGCGACAGCCACGGGACUCCCAUGCCUUUCCACCACUACCGAAAAGAAACCUCCAAUCCAAGUCGAAAUAGCUGCUCACACUGACGAUGUAGCAUCUCCAUCCCUUUCGUCACUUAAUUGUAUGAUUCGUCCGCUGGACGUCGCGCCGCAGAAUGCAACCACCAUCACCAACGUGGGACAUCGCCUGUCCCUUCCGGAAAAGAAGGUGGCGCACUUUCAUGGGAUGCUACACCCACACGAUAUUUUCGUCGUGAAUUGGCAGAUGACAGUGGCGACGGCGAUCGUGUAUUCGUCCUUCAUGGUACCGUAUCGCAUUGGGUUUGAAGCUGCGCCGGUGGCAGAGGGGCGGUACUUGGACACGUUUGUGGACGUGUUGUUCGGUCUGGACAUCGUCCUCACGUUUCGUCUGGCGUACCACAACGCUGAGAGGCAGUUGGUGUGCAACGCCGUCACAAUUGCUAAGAAAUACGCCAAGGGGUGGCUCGUCGUGGACUUGCUGUCGACUCUGCCCAUUGACUCGAUAGGCCGCUUGUUUGUGCCGUCCGAAAACGCAGCCCAAGUCGCCCAGUCGACCAAAUUCCUCCGCAUGUUUCGCGUCGCUAGGCUGUUCAAACUCGUGCGACUACUCAAAAUCGGCAAAGUGUUCAAACGCAUUCGAGAUUCCAUCCAGCUGAGUCCGUCGACGGAGCGACUGCUCAAGCUGGUGACAAUCAUGAUCUGCUUUGGGCACUGGUGCGCAUGCAUUUUUCACUGGAUCAUGCUGUUUGAAGAAGAAAGCGGCGGCCACACGUGGUGCACAGACUACUUUUUUCCGUACGAUGACGAGCCUGGGGCGUGUUCUGUUCGAGUGCCCAACGAAGAUCGCUACUUGGUCGCCAUCUACUGGGCGUUCACGACCAUGACUACCGUGGGAUAUGGUGACCUGAAGCCGUCCAAAUUCUCCGUCCCCGAGCUGAGUUUUGCGGUCGUGUGCUUGAUUGUCAACUCGACCGUGUUUGCGUAUGUUGUGAGUGGCAUCAUCGGGGUGAUUUCCAAUCACAACCCGAGCGACCGAGAAUACCGAACGCAAAUGAACGAAAUGAAGGAUUACGUGCGCGACACGGCCAUGAGCGUCCGACUUAGUAACAACGUCAAGCGACAUUAUGAUUUCCUACUCAGCACCACGUGUUUAUUUCCCGAAGAGCAGAUCUUCAAUCAAUUGCGACCGAGCCUUCGCUUUGACGUGGCACGUCUCGUGGCCAGCAACACAAUCAUGACCAUCAACAUCAUCGCAUCGAUGGAAAAGAAAUACAAAGGAUUUGUCAGCUACGCUUUGUUUCUGUUGCGGCCGCAGUUUAUCCUCCGAAGCGAGCGCGUGUGCCGCAGUGGCAGCCCUGGCACGGAAAUGUUUUUCCUCAUCGAAGGCGAGUGCGAGCAAAUGGACCAAGAUAACCACAACGUCCGCGUGUUGGGAGAGGGGACAUUAUUUGAAGCAUAUGCGUUGCUGGCACCCCCAGAAGAGCACUACCGUAUGCAAAGCACCGUCACCGCCCUCACGCCAACGUGCCAGCUGUACUCGUUGUCGGUGCACGAGUUUGAGUCCAUAGCCGACUUGUCACCUGCGAUUUCGGUAAAUUUGGCGUAUGAGUUUGCGAUGGAUAUCGCAGCCGACUCGUUCUUGAGUCUCUCACCUGAACAACGGUCGGUGGUAUCCCAAGCAAUAGCUCGAUAUGCUGUUGUCGAGAACAAUAUGGACACGUCAGCUGAUACAAUGUCACCAGAUUCGACCAAGUCCAGUGUCAUCCAAGAAGCUGAACAUGUUUAGGCCAAAUCCAAUGAAUCCUGCAGUACUGUAGUACCGUGAUGGACAUAUAAUGGUAUUGUUGUGUUUAUAUUCUAAAC